AUGGGCCCUGAUCCCGACCCUCCCUCUCCAAAUCUUAUUCCAUUCCAUUCCACAAUCACAACGCCCAGCAUCAUGUCCACCACCAUCAGAGCAUCCGGCAUCCUCUUCGACCUCGACGGCACCCUCAUCAGCUCCACCCCCGUCUGCGAGGCCGUAUGGCACCAGUGGGCAAAACAGUACCCCGUCAACCUCGAGGAGGUCUUCAAGACCUCGCACGGCAUACGCACCAGGGACCUCCUGCGCUACUGGCUCAAGAUCACAGACCCCAUUGCGCUCGAAGCUGCCACGGAAAAGUUUGAAUCCGAUGUCCUUCUGGAAUCCCAGAGACUGGCGCGCGAAGGCGAGGGUGGCAUCACCCUCCUGCCCGGUGUGGAAAAAAUGCUCCUCUCACUGAGCUCGCCCGCCGACGACAAUGCCCGUUGGGCUAUCGUUACCUCUGCCACCAACGCAUACGCGACGAACGCCAUCAACACCCUCGACCUCCCCAAGACAUCACACCUCAUCACCGCAGACGAAGUCACCCGCGGCAAGCCACACCCCGAGCCGUACAUCAUGGGUGCUGCUGCCCUCGGUUUGCAUCCCACAGAGUGUGUCGUUUUCGAAGACGCGCCGACGGGUAUCAAGGCUGGUGUGAGUUCGGGAGCCAAGGUCAUCGCUGUCUGCACUAGUCACCCUCGUACAGCGCUCGAAGGUCUCGGCGCACAUAUGAUUGUCGACGACCUGUCUUCCUUGCGCUUCGAUACUGAGAAUGGAGGCGUCACCAUCAUCCUUCCCAACUAG